UAGUGCUACUGUCUACAAAAUAGAGCCUUGGGGGGUGUCAUGACAAAAUAGCUUGUUAGACAAAAGGUUGACUUGUAGCCUAUUUCACGAGUUGGCUAACAAGACUACAGAAACUUAAGCUGAAAAGCAUAGGUGUUUCACUGAUCAAUCAUCGCACACUGUUGUUGGUCACAUUAUGAGCCUUUGCUUGAAGCAUUUGUUUAUCAUAGGACAUAUGUCCUACUAAUUGGAUCUAAGUGUUCAGGAAAAUUUAGUUUGAUUAUGACUCGAUAAUAAGCACACACUCACACCACCCAGGUUCCAUAGUGCAUAGCAGGGGUCACCAACCUUUUUGAAACUGACAGCUACUUCAUGGGUACUGAGUCAUACGAAGGGCUACCAGUUUGAUACACUCUUCUGAAAUAACAAAUUUGCUCAGUUUGCCUUUAGUUAUUUAUGAUUAUUAAUGAUUAAUAGGGAUGUAACGAUGCAUUGUGAUGCGAUUACGAAUCGGUAAAAAUGCGUGACGAUUCGCACCGGUUGACGGAAAAAAUUAAUCGCGAAUCAAGUCACGUGACUUACGUCACUACUUAGGUAAGGGGCACAGAAUGAGGGAAGACAUGGCGACGGUAGACAACAACUUUGAAAUUGAGGAUGCACCGAGCGGUUUUAAAUCACCUGUGUGGCGGCAUUUUGGAUUCCCCAUAUACACAAAUACAACUGGUGGGAAACGGACAGACAAAACCAAAACAGCAUGUAAAUAUUGCAAGAGACUGCUAACAUAUACCGGCAACACGAGCAACAUGCAGCAGCAUACUAGCCGCCACCACAGUGAGAAAUAAAGUAACAUUACGCCAACUCCUGAGUGAAAAUUGCCGAAGGGGCAAACCACCCUGACGAGAGGCUUUGCAUCUCCUCUCCCCCUUAACAACGCAAGGGCGCAAGAAAUUACCAGGGCAAUUGGUUAUUUUAUUGGAAAAGAUUUGAGGCCAUUUUCCGUCGUUGAAAAUGAGGGCUUUUGGCUGUUGAUGAACACGCUGGAGCCAAGAUACCGCAUCCCGUCACGACAGCACUUCAGCCAGGUGGUCGUGCCAAAACUCUACCAGGAGGUAAGAGCUCAUGUGGUUGAGCUUCUCCGGAGGGCUGAUACUGUGUCUAUCACAACCGACGGGUGGACAUCUAGAGCCACGCAAAGUUAUCACUAUAACUGCUCAUGUGAUCAAUGCCGAGUGGGAAUUGGCUGGCUUUGUGCUUCAGACGCGACCUCUUUUGGAGUCACAUACUGGGGCUAACAUAGCUGAAGUGCUAAAGGAGGCGGUGGCGGAAUGGCGGCUGGAAAGGCAACAACAAGGUAUCGCUGUAGUCACCGACAACGCGAGAAACAUGGAUGUGGCAGUGAGGGAAGCCGGGCUGGCACCGCACAUCAAGUGUUUUGCCCACACUUUAAAUUUAGCCACCCAGGCCGGUUUGAGUGUACCGCGCAUGGCGCGCUUGCUGGGUCGCAUCCGGCGGAUUGUGAACUUCUUCCACAGGAGCCCGACAGCUACUGCUGUGUUGGCUGCGAAGCAGAAACUACUGCUUGGUCCGGACAUCAGUGAGCACAAGCUCAUUGCGGACGUUACCACACGCUGGAAUAGCAGCCUGGACAUGUUGGAACGAUAUCUCGACCUGCAACCGGCUGUGGCUGCUGCUCUGCUUAGCCCAGAAGUCUGUGAUAACGCCCGUGAAAUCCACACACUGGACAACUUGGAUAUCCGUGAUGCCGAGGACAUCAUGAAACUUCUCAAACCUUUGAAGACAGUCAACACCGUGCUAAGUGAUGUACAAAACCCAACAGUGUCCCUAAUUGUGCCCUUAAAGCACACGAUUGAGCAGAACAUGUUACCUGUGGAGGAGGACUCCACCACAGUGAGCAUGAUGAAGAAAGCUAUCUUCAACAAUUUAUCAGACAGAUACACUGGGCCUGGGGACAACCAUCUGCUGGACUGCACUGCGUUAGACCCCAGAUUCCGCUCUCUACCUCAUCUUACCAAAGAUCAGCGCCAAGAUGUGUUCCAGAGGGUGAAGGAGAGAGCUGUGCAGAUGCACAAUCAGACCAGUUCCCCUGUGGAGGAAACUGAUGAGUGUGUAACAGACACUGGUGCCUCUACACAUGCAGCAGAGCUGCCUGCUGACCAGGCAGACAUGAUGGAUGCUGACCUUCAACAACCACCUCUCAAGAAGACUGCAUUGGAAGAUCUCCUAGAAGGGACUUUCACAGAAAGUGUAGCGGCAGCACAGACCAAUCACAUGUGUAGGAUUGAGGCAGAAAUUGUCAGGUACAGAAGUGAAAUGUCUAUUUCCCUCACAAGCUGCCCACUCAAAUGGUGGAAGGAGAACAGUAAGUCUUACCCACUGCUUUCACCUCUAGCAAAGGCUUACCUCACCACACCAGCCACCUCUGUCCCUAGUGAAAGGGUCUUUUCGACCGCAGGGGAUGUUGUAACCUCACAGAGAUCUCAGCUUCGGCCUGAGAAUGUUGACAUGUUGAUUUUCCUCAAGAGAAACCUGAAAGUUUCAAGCUACACAAGCCAGUCUUAGUUUAUUUGAAGAGAUUUUAUGUAUUGAUAUUAUUUUGAUGUGGGAUUUGUUUUUAAAAAUCCAGUUUUUCUUUGUUAUUUAAGUUAAUAACUACUUCAGUUGCACUUUUUUAUAAGACACAAAAAUAAUGUGUAAUAGUUCUGUAAAGAAAGGACCUCUUAUUUUGGUCAAGAUUUUAUAUUCUUUUGUUUUUGGAGAUACUGAAUUACACCUUUACUUGUGAGAUUGUUUACUUGUGAGAAGAAAGAAUAUAUUUUUCAUAUAUUUUGUUGUUUAAGGUGACCAUUUAAGUUUUUAAAUAAGAGGACACAAACUGUUUUACAGAGUUUCUGUAAAGAAAGCACCUCU